AUGGCUACCUCUCUCACUGCGACGCGGAGAGCCUGCCAGGCAACCCGCAGCGUCGCGGGAAAGCGAUUCCUGUCCGACAUCACCAUUACCCGGACCGGCAAGCCCAUUCUGCGAACUGAGGGUGGACGACACUCGCUUGGAGGCCACACUGCGACAGUAUUUGGCGCAACCGGACAACUGGGUCGAUACAUUGUCAAUAGACUGGCUCGCCAGGGGUGCACCGUCAUUGUCCCUUUCCGCGAGGAAAUGACAAAGCGUCACCUCAAGGUUACCGGUGAUCUUGGUCGUGUGAACUUCAUUGAAUACGACCUCCGAAAUACCCCCUCCAUCGAAGCCAGCGUGAGGCACUCCGACGUCGUUUAUAACUUGGUUGGCCGAGACUAUCCCACCAAGAACUUCACCCUGGAGGACGUCCACGUCGAGGGUACCGAGCGAAUUGUCGAGGCUGUCGCCAAGUACGAUGUCGAUCGUUACAUCCACGUAUCGUCUCAUAAUGCCGACCCCAAUUCACCCAGCGAGUUCUUCGCCACCAAGGGACGAGGAGAGCAGAUUGCCAGGAGCAUCUUCCCAGAGACCACGCUCGUUCGACCUGCGCCAAUCUUCGGUUUUGAAGACAACCUUCUCCUGAAGCUUGCUUCCGCUCUCAACCUUGUCACCUCAAACCACCUGCAGGAGCAAUUCUGGCCAGUUCACUCCAUUGAUGUUGGUAUUGCUUUGGAAAAGAUCCUCUAUGAUGAUUCAACCGCUGGACAGACCUUCGAGCUCUACGGCCCCAAGCAGUACAGCAUGGGUGAGAUUGCUGCCAUGGUUGACAAGGAAAUCUACAAGCAGCGCCGCCACAUCAACGUUCCCAAGGCUGUUCUGAAACCCAUCGCCAAGCUGCUCAACCAGUUCCUCUACUUCAGAACCAUCACUGCCGACGAGGUGGAGCGUGAGUUCCUGGAUCAGCAAAUCGACCCGGAGGCCAAGACCUUUAAGGAUCUCGGUAUUGAGCCCGGCGACAUUGCUAACUUCACGUACCAUUACCUGCAAGGCUACCGUAGCCAGAACUACUACGACCUGCCACCCGCAACGGAGAAGGAGAAGAGAGAAGACAAGAAGUAUAUCCACGUUCUUGAUGAGCUGUAA